AUGUUGAACUGUACUCUGUGGGAAUCAUACGCGGAUCAGUUCAUCAAGUUUAACAAAGUUAAGGUUGCUGCAUCACUCCCUACAGUUCUGUUGCUUCAGUAUGCCAAAGUGAAGGAAGAAGGAAAGUAUCCUCUGUCUGUGACAAACACCUACAAUGUGACCCUUUUAUGUGUUGAUGCUGAUUUUCCUGUCAUGAAAGACUUUAUUGAUAGAAUGCCUGAGGAGAGCAGGGUAACCCUGCCUGAACAACUCGAAGGGAAUUCCCAAUAUUCCUCCCAAAGUUCUGAAAAUCAACAGCUGACUCCUGUGCAAAAAUUGUUCUCAAAGGCUGUUGUUUUGCCUAUUGCUGAGAUUAUUCAACUUCCGGAUGUUACAUUUUGUGCUACUGUCGCUACAACAAAAUUAUUAGUAGCAUCUCCGUUUGGAUGGUAUAAGAUUGAGAUUGAGGUUACUCAUGGGGGCAAAAGCUGCAAUUUUGUCUUCUGGAACAGAGAAUGUGAAAUGCUGUUGGGUUUAUCUGCAUCCCAACUUCGUAACACUAUGAUUCAGGGUGGAAUUACUUAUCCAUUGGACUUUCCGUUAGCACUUGAUCAGUUGUUGAAGUUGGAAAUGGCUAUGAAGGUUAAGUGGCAUCCACGCUGGAAGAACUGUUCCGUCGUUAUGAUUAUAAAAAAUGAUCCUAUUAUCCAGCAACUUAAGGAAAAAUGGGGAACAGACGAGGAACCUAUUCCAAUCCAAACUGUCGUACCUGAGACUCUGGAGAUUAAAGAGAGUGUUGAUGAGGCUAAAACAGAUGCCAAUGAAGACUGUGAAUUGGUUACAGACCUGGAAAUUACAUAUGAGCACAAGCCUGAUGAUGUCACACCUGGUGGUAAGAGGCAUCUUCCUGCUGCAUCAAGUGAAUCCACUGAUUUGGACGGAUUACAUGAUGGAGAACUUUACAAUAAUGAUGUCGCAAAGAAUGGUUUGUUUGGAUUAGCAAAAUCUAAGCUUUCUGUCAUUACAUUGUAA